GUCUCUGUCUAAUCUAAUCUUGUUUGUCGUCCGCCAUUUUAGUUUCGUUUUAUAUGGAGUGCGAGAUUUUGGAGUGAAUUUGAGCUUAAAUUGGUGCAUUGGCGAGUAUUUUUCGGGUGAUUAGGUGAGUGAGGCUUGAAAGAUGUCGAUUGAAUAUUUACAAGUAGCCGAAGACGAGGGAGAGGAACCGAUAGAACUGCCCACCGAAGACGAUGGGACUCUUUUACUUAGCACACUUUCCGCCCAAUUUCCUGGAUCGUCUGGCUUGAAGUACAAAAAUCCAGAGACGAAAACGUUCCGGGGAGUCCGGCUGUCCGAAGGACGUCUUCACCCUCCGCCCGACGGAGGUUGGGGCUCGCAAGUAUUUUACUGCGUAUUUCCUAAAGAGAAUAAACGAAAGUGUGAUGACAAUCUGGAAAAUUCGACUGCUAAAACGAAACGUAUGGAAACAAAGUUACGUUGUACUGAUUUGAUUGUGCUUGGUUUGCCUUGGAAGACGACUGAGCAAAAUUUGAGAGAGUAUUUUGAGGCGUUUGGUGAGGUGCUGAUGGCGCAAGUGAAGAAGGAUCCAAAAACUGGACAAUCCAAAGGAUUCGGAUUUAUCAGGUUUGCAUCGUAUGAAUCUCAGAUGAGAGUUUUAGCACAGAGGCAUAUGAUUGAUGGAAGGUGGUGUGAUGUGAAAGUACCCAAUUCGAAAGAGGGUUUGAUUCAGCAAGUACCGUGUAAAGUUUUUAUCGGACGAUGCACCGAAGACUUGACCUCCGACGAUUUGAGAGAGUAUUUCGGCAAAUUCGGCGAAGUCACCGACGUUUUCAUACCGAAACCCUUUCGGGCGUUCAGCUUCGUCACGUUUUUGGACCCCGAAGUGGCCCAAUCGCUGUGCGGAGAGGAUCACAUUAUCAAAGGGGUGUCCGUGCACGUGUCGAACGCGGCCCCGAAAUCCGAUACCAGGGGCGGCGGUUACAGGGGCGACAGAAGCGGCAACGGUCCGUCGAAUAGGGGCGGAGGCGGCGGCGGAGGCGGUGGCGGCGGUCCCGGAGGUCCGGACGGUGCCGGCAUGUACAAUCAAAGGUACAACGGCACGGGUCCCAAUCAGGGCAAUUGGGGCAACCAAGGCGGUCCUAGGGGCAACAUAGACAUGCCUAAUUUGCAAGCUUUAGGUAUCACCGGACAAGGGCAGCAGGGCAACAACCAGGGUAACUGCAACCCGCUGGGAAUGGGGCUGAACGCCUUGGGCGCCCUACCGAUGAACCCCGCUCUCGUAGCGGCGGCUCUGAACCAGGCCGGCUGGGGGCUGAUCGGCAACCUUCAAAAUCAACCGGAACCGAACUUCAACCAAGGCUUCAACAACGGACCGAAUCCCGCUAAUCAAAAUAACCAGAACAACGGCGGUCGCGGCGCGAACAAUCCAAGUUUUUUGAACUGGAUAAACCAGGGUGGCGGUAACCAGAACAACCCGGACGGACAGUGGAGCAGGCCGCCCCAGCAGAGCCAGGAGUCGAAGGGGUUUUUGAAAUACGAUUAGUUUAGCCGCUUUCAAACCACACUUCGUAGACGACCCGUCGAAAUAGCAAAUUCUAAUUUGUUACACCGAUAUUUUAUUACGUUCUUAAUUUUAAGAAGAUUAAAUUUAAAGAUGACGGAACCUCCGAAACUCGCAAUAUGUUGAAUAUUUUUUAUACAAAUUAAAGAGUCGGGUAAAUGUGGAAUGAGAGGAUUUCAGUUUUUCGAGGUUUCGUAGAUUAAGUUUUGUUAGGUGUGUUUUUAAAUAUUUAAGCCUGAAAAAUCGGAUCGCGUGUAUUUAUAUAUAUAAUUUUUUUGAAUGUGAGAAAUGGAGAGUUAGGUUUUGUACAAUGAUUUUUCUUUUGGAGAAAUUGUAGACAUAUUAUGCCUUAUCAAUAUACAGAUUACAAGAGUUUUUUUUUAAUUCAUUGAAAUCUCGUUUGUUUUGUUGUAAAUAAUAAGCGAAUGUAUA